AUGAAACAACACCUUGUUAGAGUGCCAGGUAGUAUUGCAGCAUGUCCGAGUUGUCCCGGAGAUAUAAAGUUUCUCAUAAAAAGUUCAUUGGAUGAAAAUACUAAAAAAGCAAAAGAGAAACAUGUCGGUGUGCUCGGUAAUACUUCGGGGAUGAAUGUACAUAACUUGUAUGAUGAUGAUGAUGAUGAUGAUGAGGUUCAAGUACUCACCCAACAAACUACUCAAAAAAAUGGAAAAAGAAAAGCUCCUACCUCCCAAACACAAAUUGUGCCACCUUUUUUCAAACGAGGUAUGCAUGAUCCAUCUCAACCGUCAAUUAAAGCAGCAUUGCAAAGGCCUUCAUAUCAUGCUAUGCGUGUGACAUUGUUGAAAGAUGUGAAACAAUCUGUACAACUUAUAGUUGAUUCUUAUAGACGUUAUUGGGCAAAAAAUGGUUGUACAACUAUGGGAGAUGGGUGGCCGAAUACAAGACAACAACCCCUUAUCAAUUUUAUGGUGUAUUGUGCAAAAUGGAUUUCCUUCAUCAAAUCAGUUGAUGCAUCGGAUAUUAAGAGUAAUGCCCGAACGUUAUGCAGCUUAUUUAGUGAGAUUGUUGGUCGUCAGAAUGUAGUUCAUUUAGUCACUGAUAAUGCUACAAACUAUAAGGUUGCAGGAAGAUUGUUAUGUUUGAAAUAUCCGUCUAUUGUUUGGUCUCCUAGUGCAGCUCAUUGUAUGAAUUUGAUUAUGAAGGAUAUGUCGGAGAUGCCUCAAGUUGCUGAUUUGGUUACACCUGCAUUGAGGGUUACAAUUUUUGUUUAUAACCAAAAAUGGCCAUUAAAUUGGUUAAGAAAAAGACCAGCUAUGGUCACCUCCCUAGAUUAUAAAAAAGUGAUUAGAUUGGAAAAAGCAAAAGAAGUUAAGCUUAUCAUAUUGAAUGAAAACAUUUGGAAUAAUUGUGCUAUUAUAGUAAAAGUGAUGACUCCAAUGUUGAGACUUUUACGGAUUUGUUAUUUGGAUGAGAAGUCGACUUUAGGUUAUGUGUACGAAGGGAUGUAUAGGGCAAAAAAAGGAAUUAAGAAACUUUGUUGCACCAAAAAAGAGUUUUACGACCCUUACACUAACAUCAUUAAAAAUCGUUGGGAUAGGAUGUUGCAUAAAAGUCUUCAUGCUACGACUUAUUAUUUGAAUCUGGUCUUUCAAUAUGAUCAAGAAAGUUUUUGUAAGAAACCAGAGGUGGUUGCAGGGGUUAUGGAUAUGAUUGAGCAUUACAGUAGUGUUGCUACUGUCAAUGGUCUAACUCUCAUGGACCAACUAAAGUUGUUUCGUGAGCAUGAAGGUAGUUUUAUGAAUGGUAGAAAUUACAUGGCGGAGAUGCUCUGGAAUUGCAAAAAUUUGCAAUUCGAAUUUAAGCCAAACAACUUAUUUUUCCGGGUGACGCUCAAGGAUCACAAAAAGUCUUAUGACCCGAUUGAUUAUGAAAGCAUUAAUAAAAUUGAGUUUUGGGUGGUUGAUGAAAUAUCGGAAGAUGAUGAAGAAGAUGAUGAUGGAGUUGCUUUAGAACAAAUUGACAUGGAUUCCUUUAGAUGA